AUGUUUGGUCUACAGAAUCUGGAGCACAACGAUGACUUUGCGUCCACACUCGUAUGGCCGCUCUUUAAGUGGCAAAACGUUAACCCGCAUGAUGUCAAUGAUACUGUAGUUUCGACGACGCAAGGCUUCUGUGAUCAACUUGAGACGGUUGUUGUUGGAAAAAAAAUACACUAUGCAGGUGCAAAUGGAACAGGAUUGGCCAAUGCGCUGGUUAGUUACGGUCAGUGGAUCUCGAAGUGGGUCGCGUCUGAUUUAUGUCGCGAUUGGUCACCUGAUGGGGUGACCACGCUUAAUGUCUGCUUCAGCACGUAUAAUGCUCAGUCGAAUGUAUACACGAAUAUCACCAUUCCCAAUGAUGAUCGUGCCUGGUGGUAUCUAUGCUGCAGCUUAUUUGGCUUCUUUAUGACUGCACCGCCUGCUGGUGGGUCGCAGCCGCGGAUCGUACCGGCAUUGCAGAACGCUGCCUAUUGGCAGCGAAUGUGCCCGCUCUACUUUCCGCCCGGCAAGCUGAAUGCGAUUCCCCCCAAACCACAAGCACUUGCCAUCAACAAGAAAUGGGGCGGCUGGCAGAUUGGCACAAACAGCUGCAUCGAGAAUCUCUUUUGGAUCAACGGCGAAUUCGAUCCGUGGCGAUCGGCUUCCAUCAAUUCACAUUAUGGCGCACCAGGCGGCGGUAAGCGUGCUCACACACCCAUCUGUCCUGACACAAUUAUGCCCGGCGCUGUGCACGGCUGGGAUGGUUAUAACGAUUAUAACUCGCCACCCUCAGUGAGACAUAUUCAUACAAAGGUGAUUGCAGCCAUAAAGCGAUGGCUGGCUGUGUGGGCGGCAAAGAAGCAUUCAAUUCGGCGGUCGUCGGCAUGA